UACCUUCACAAUGGACCAGCUAGGGGAAUCAUUCACCGUGAUGUAAAGUCCACAAACAUAUUGCUUGAUGAAAACCAUGUAGCCAAAGUUGCUGACUUCGGCCUUUCAAGGACGGGUCCUCUUGAUCAUCAACAUUAUGUCACCACUGUUGUUAAAGGCUCUUUUGGGUAUCUUGAUCCUGAGUAUUUCAGGUCGCAGCAGCUCACAGAAAAAUCUGAUGUUUAUUCAUUUGGGGUAGUUCUCUUGGAAGUGUUGUGCGCAAGAGCAGUCAUUGAUCCAUCGCUUCCCACAGAGCAGAUAAACUUAGCUGAAUGGGGAAUGCUUUGCAAAAACAAGGGGAUACUCCAAGAGAUUGUUGAUCCUUCUAUCAAGGGCCAAAUAGAUCAAAACUCGCUCAAGAAAUUUAGUGAGACGGUAGAAAAAUGCUUGCAAGAAGAUGGUUCUGGUAGGCCAACCAUGGGUGAUGUGUUGUGGGACUUGGAGUAUGCACUGCAGCUACAGAGAGGUGCAAAUGGCAUACAUGGAGAAACGAAUGAGGAUAGUUCUAGUACUAGUAGUGCUUCUGCGUCACUUCAAUUACCCAAUGUUCGGUGUCUUCCUUCACUUUCUACGCUAAGUGAAGCUGAUGACUCCAUUAUCAGGGGUUUUCUCCCAGUUCGAAAUUGAUGACGCCAAAUAGAAGAUUAAGAUCUCCAAUGCACAAGGACAUAAUUAUUUCGUGCUGCCAAAUGUUUCUCUGCUUAGCAUAUCCAGGUCACGUUUGAGCAAUAUUUUUGUAAAAUCUUUUAAAAACUUAUAAUCACUUUCAGAGCUUAAAACCCAUCUUUAAUCACUUUUAUUAAGUUCAAGUUUACGUUUGAGCAAUAUUUAGAGUUUUAUGACUCCUAACAUCACUUAAUGAGGUGCCAAGAAAAAUCGUUUAAUGUCAUGAAUCUUCGAGAAAUAACCGAAGUCUUCA